AUGGCACACAGGGCGUUUGUACAGGUUAUUUUCACGGGUGCGCAAGUUUUCGGGCGUGCCUUUGCGGAAGCUUACAGACAAGCAGCAUCGCAGACUGCAAAGCAGUCUGCUAACGCAUCGAGAGCUCGUGGGGCGUCAGCAGAGUACGGUGGGAUUACUCUGGACGAGAGUUCGAAGAUUUUGAACAUUGAGAACGAGAAGGAUAUGAACUUGGACAAGAUCAACGAGAGGUUCAAGUACUUGUUUGAUGUGAACGAUAAGGACAAAGGAGGGUCUUUCUACUUGCAGAGCAAGAUCUAUAGGGCUGCGGAGCGUUUGAAGUACGAGCUUGCGCAGAAGGAGAAGGCAGCAGCGGAUGCGGCUGGUGGUGGGAAGCAGGCGAAGCCGCAGGAGCCGGCCAACGGUGAAUAG